AUGGGCAACCCACCGGCAAUCACAACACCACAUUCAAAGAUGUCAGAGUCCCCAUUUCAGUCCAAAUUCAGAGAAGGUGGCUACGGUUGGGUCUGUGUUGCUUCUACAUUCUUCAUGAAUGCCCACACUUGGGGCAUCAACGCCGCGUACGGCGUCUUCCUCUCAUACUACCUCUCAACCGAUAUCUUUCCCGGAACAUCAAGUCUCGAAUAUGCCUUCGUCGGUGGCUUAAGCAUAUCCUGCGCAAUGCUCAUCGCCCCACUGGCAACUUACCUCGAUAAACGCAUAUCCACCCGCUUUGUCCUGAACCUCGGCACCAUUCUCGAAUCCGCAUCAUUUAUAGCCUCAUCCUUCGUGAGGCAGAGCUGGCAACUCUUCCUCGCACAGGGCGCAUGCUUCGGCUUCGGAAUGGGCCUGUGCUUUUGCGGUUCUGUAGGAAUCACAUCGCACUGGUUCGAGAAGAAACGCAGCUUGGUCAAUGGGAUUGCAUCCGCCGGAUCGGGCAUUGGUGGAUUGAUCUAUUCACUCGCAGUUGGCAAAAUGAUCCCAGAACUCGGUUUACCCUGGUCAAUGCGCACGCUGGGAAUCAUUUGCUUCGUGGUAAACAUAACCUGCGCCAACCUGUUGCGCAUUCCAUCCGAAACACGAGCGGCUGCAAAAUCAACAAAGUCGAAAUCUCCCUUAUCGCUCUUUAAAAGACUUGAUUUCGCUCUCCUGCUUGCUUGGGCUUUUCUCAGCGCUCUUGCCUACGUCACUCUCCUCUUCAGUUUGUCUAGUUUCUCCGUUGCCAUUGGAUUAACCCAGCAGCAGGGCAGUCUCGCGAGUGCACUGCUCAGUCUGGGUCAAGCAUUCGGUCGUCCGGCAGUUGGCUUAUUGAGCGAUCAUUUCGGUCGAAUCUUCGUUUCACUGGUUGCUUCGUUUCUGGCCGGCUUGCUCACGCUGGUUGUUUGGGUUUUUGCGAACUCGGCUGGACUGACGUACUUCUUUGCCAUCGUUGUCGGCUUGUUCGCUGGUACUUUGUGGGCAUCCGCUGCCCCUCUUGCGGCUGAGGUUGUCGGGAUUCAGCAUCUCGGGGCUGCGCUGGGCGUUAUCUGGUUCGUGCUUAUGCCUCCGACGGCGGUCGCCGAAGCCAUUGCAUUGCAGCUGAGGAAUGAGGUGGGCUCAUCAAAACCGUAUCUUCGGGUUCAGCUGUUUGCGGGAUUCGUUUAUAUUGGUUCUGCGGCCUGUUUGGCUUGGUUGUUGAUUGAGGUUAGGAGGAAAAGAAGAGUGGCUCGUCUCGAGACGGAUAAAAUUUGA